AUGUUUCUGCCCCUAGGAAAACGUGGCUUUUCAGCAGUUCAGUUUGGCUUGCCCGACUUAUUCCUGCGCUGCAGCAUUGAAGGAAAGUCGCAUAAUGAGAGCUGUUUAUUUAUGUCAACCCACGGAGGAGCUGAAUCUCAGGUUGUUGCCGCUGUGUGGGAAGUACCUUGUGGAAUUAAGGAACAUGAAGAUGUUGUCUCUGUUAUUACUUUCAUCACAGCAAUUGUAUCAGCUCUUCUAAUUGUUUUAACCUCCAUUCAUUAUUCAGAUAUCACAGACUGCAAUCAUUUGAAACAAUCUUGAUUCUUUGCCGAAUCUUCUUCUUUUCGUUCUCUUUUUUUCUGAAUUUUCCUCUUCCAAUGGAACUCUCUCUUGAAACAUUUCCAGAAACUCAAGCCCUAUUUCCUCUUCUUCUCCUCUUCUUCUUUCGUAGGUUCUUCUUGCAGCCUUAUCCCUUUUAGAAAUUCUUCUUCCCUUUACAUGGAACAUGUUUUGUGGCUUGAUGAUUCUCAAUGUACUUAAAGAUUAUAGUGGAUUUAGCUGUAUAACUCCUGUAGUUGUAUGCUCUUUUCUUCCUUGUGAUUUGCUGUCCUCUUUAUUGUCAUUGCAUUUUCUCAUUCUUGAGAUAAGCUAUUUGAAUUGGUUUGUCAUAAAUUC